AUGGGCCACCUCGCUGAUACCGGACAUCAGCCAGACAACGAUGCUUCCAAAAUCAUCUACAAAGUACCCCAAAACAAAUCAAAGCAAGCUCGGAUACGUCACUUGUCAACAGCGGAAUCUGUAGCAAUCAAAAUCAUGAACCCACCACUGUGCAAACAGAAGAAGAUGGUUGCCGCACUUCAGCUGCCUUGGCCUCAAUCAAACCUACGUGAUGACCCGAACCAUGACCUCAAUCGUAUCAUGAUGACGCAACAUGACGUGACAAAUGACACAUGA